UGGACCGGUAUCCGAGUUGGACGUUUUUCGCCUAGCGCGUACCGCUUCCGUAGUCUUCCGGGUUCUGAUCCAGAGCAUAGUCUAGCACUGAUAUACUCCACUGCACUGUGACGUCACGCAUCAAUUUUGACCGGACCAGCAGCUGUCAAAUAAGUGAGGUUAGGCUCGUCAUAUGCAGCGCUCUAUAGCAGUUCAACAGUCAGCUUUGUUGAGGUGGGUUGGGAAGAGUUCCUCGUCCUACUCCGGCUGGAUUUGUGGGCUAGCCGCCAGACGCAUGCCGCCGUCUUCUUCUUCGGAUUGAGGGCAGAUACCUAUAGGUGUAUUUGAAGGAUCUGUUUAGCAGUGCGAUGAUGCAAGCCGCAAGGCCUGGAAAAUUAAAUGAAUGAUACGCUCAUUCCAGUCGCGGAGUCCAUCAGGGCCCAUAUCGUCGUCGCGUCUUGUUGUGAUUAAUUAAUUACAGUGAUUUUGAAAAUUGGAUCAAGUGUGAUAGCGUUCGCUCGCGUCUUCAUAUGUUUGGAAAAAACGGGGAAAUUUACUACAUAUCCUGUUCGUGACCGAUAAACCAGCCUUGAGUGUUAUUAAACCAGGGAGAAAAUUAUCCGUGUUUAAAGAUCUGAGGAUUACAACGGUCGCCGCCGGUAACUCGUUCGGGUGUCAAGUGCAGAACUUGGGUGGUUGUCGGUGUGUGGUGUUUGGUUUUCAUUCGGAGAAUUUUGUCUGCUAGAGUGGGAAGCAACGUAAAACUGGGGAAGUUCUGAACAGUGCAUCCUGAGAAAAAAACGUGAAUUUUUCGGAAAGGAGUGUGUUUGUAUCGAGUCAUUGAGGUAAAGGAAAAAGAUUAAAAGGAUUUUAUUACAACAUUGAUGAGGUUCCGGAUUUAACAACAGAUUGGUGGACAAAGAAAAGCGCGCGAGUUUACGAAUUCAUAAACAGCAUCGUUAAGGCUGCCAGUGCCAUUUUAUCGUCGUCGGGUUUGAUCACAUGUGAAACAGGGUAGAGCCAGAAGAAUCCGGACGGCGACAGUUUGAGCAUUAAUUUGAAGCGAUAAAAAAAGAGCAAACGGGGACAGAACCUAGAGCCCGAACCAUGCUGCACAUCAACGGCCGGCCAGUGGCGUCGACCUGCCACAUGGUGGGGCUUCUUAUCGUUCUGGCGGCUCUCGUGGCUACCGGCGCUACGAUGGGCUGCCCACAGAGUUGCACUUGCCAACAGCGAACGGUGCGAUGUGUCAAACAGCAGCUCGAUAAGAUUCCGGAAAUGCCUCUGGAUACUAACAUGGUUGAUCUGCGGUUCAAUCGUAUCCACGAAGUGCCCACAGAUGCGUUUGCCAACCUGGCCCACCUGCACACGGUUUUCCUCAGCGAGAACCAAAUCGUGCGGGUCCAGCCGGGAGCAUUCCGACAGCUGCCGUCGCUCAAGCAUCUGUAUCUGAACAAAAACCGAAUCGCAACCAUCGAACCUGGUGCGUUCGAAGCACUGGACCGAUUGCAAAACUUAAUGCUGUACGGUAACCAAAUUAAGCGGAUUCCCGAGGGUGCUUUCGGAGCGUUGCCAUCGUUGAAGCGCUUCAGACUCGACGACAACCCGCUGGAAUGUGACUGUUCGCUGCUGUGGUUCCGGAAGUGGAUUCAAGGACUCGGUCGCAGCGCACAGGCCACCGGGGAAUGUGCCGUUCCUGAGACGCUCGCCCGCAGAAACGUUGCCGACUUGAUGGACAGCGAUUUCCACUGCACCAAACCGGAGAUUGUGACCGAACCGAGGGACAUCGAGAUAAGCUACGGCCAGACGGCCGUAUUCAGCUGCAAAGCCGUCGGCGACCCUCGGCCGGAAAUUGUGUGGAUGCUGAAUGCUAACGAGAUCCAUUCGGACGAUACGCGGAUCAACGUGCUCCCGGAUGGGUCCCUGCGGAUAGACGAAGUCACGGCCAUCGAUGCCGGCCACUACGAGUGCAUGGCCAAGAACAACAUGGGCGAGGUCCAUUCCCGGCAGGCGCAGAUGAUUGUCAAUAACGAGGUCAUCGAAACCGAAGCGGAGGCACCGAAAUUCAUUCAGACUCCACCGGCCGAAGUGGACCUGCUCGAGGGCCAACCGCUGGUGCUGCACUGUGUCGUUUCGGGGGCUCCCACGCCAAGUAUUCUGUGGAAGUUCAAUAACCAGAACAUUCAAAACGGCCGUAUCAAACUGUUUGGAAAUGGAUCGCUGAUUCUGCCGGUAGCUUCGCUCGAUAAUGGCGGAGUGUACAGCUGCUAUGCCGGAAACGCAAUCGGGAAUGUGUCGGUCAACGCCACCGUGCACGUGAAUGAAAUUUUGCCCUCAACAACCACGACAACAAUGCCACCAGCAUCGUCAUCAUCGCAGCAAGCCGUCGUCGUUUCGUCGCGCCAUGGUGAUGAUGCAAUUACGCCUACUCCGGUGGCCGGGCAAAAGUCCUCGCCUCCAACAACAAGCACCGUUGCAGGUCCUGGCGACAGAGCGCCACCCCACUUCACCCUGGCACCGGAAAGCAUCACGACCAAAACCGGAACCCGAGUAACGCUCGAGUGUGAAGCGGACGGAAACCCACUGCCACACAUCUGGUGGAAGCGCGACGGGCAGCCUCUGAGCGAAACGAACCGGAUCUACCUCAGCGACGACGAUAUCGAGCUCACCAUCGAACACGUCAAGGAGUCCGAUGCAGGAAGCUACACCUGCGUGGCGGAAAACGAGCUGGGAAGCGUGGAGGCGACCGCCGAACUGGCCGUGAUAAAUGACGUUGGACCGCCGAGCUUUCUCUUCGAGCCGUACGAUUUGGAAGCCAUCGAGGGAACGACCAUCGAGUUGCCCUGUAAGGCCGAAGACGACGACAUCAUGCAGACCAAAUGGCGUAAGGAUGGCCGCACGAUAACCCAAACGGAAAAGUACCGUCUGUCGUUGGCGGGCAGCCUGUUCAUCUCCAAUCUGACCGAAGCGGAUCAGGGACGAUACGAAUGCUCCCUGCUGAAUCAAUACGGACGAGCGACGGCCAGUGGACUGCUGACGGUAAAGAAAAAACUCGAACUGCUUCCGGGAGACCAAUUCGUGCGCAUUGCCAUCGCCGAGGCAUCCCGGGAAGUCGAUCUUGCCAUCAACCAAACAAUCGCCAAGCUAUUCUCCGUAGGUGGAAACCGAACCCAGCAACACCAAGGUGAUCUAUUCCGUAUCGUACGUUUCCCGACGGGACCCGCUCGAGAGUUGGCCCGAGCUGCGGAAGUCUACGAACGUGCCCUGGUCAACAUCCGCAAGCAUGUCAACACCGGACGGAACCUGUCGACCAACACGACCGACUUCAACUACAAUGAUCUGCUCUCGCCAGAUUACCUGGAUCUGCUUGCUCAACUCAGCGGUUGUAUGGCCCAUCGAGUGACUCCGAACUGCACGGAUCUCUGCUUCCACGCCAAGUUCCGUACGCUGGACGGAUCGUGCAAUAACUACAAGAAUCCCGCGUGGGGAUCAUCGCUUACAGGUUUCCGACGGUUGUUGCCUCCUAUAUAUGAAAACGGAUUCAACAUGCCAGUUGGAUGGAACAAAACUCGGUUGUACCACGGAUUCUCCAAACCCAGCCCUCGCUUGGUCUCUACCAGCUUGAUCUCAACAGAGGUCAUUACACCGGACGAUCGGAUCACGCACAUGGUCAUGCAGUGGGGCCAGUUUUUGGAUCACGACUUGGACCAUGCCAUCCCGUCGGUUAGUUCAGAAAGCUGGGACGGAGUAGACUGCAAGAAAACUUGUGAAUACGCGGCGCCUUGUUAUCCGAUCGAAAUUCCAGAAGGAGACCCACGAGUUCACAACAGGCGAUGCAUUGAUUUUGUUCGAUCGAGUGCGGUUUGCGGAUCCGGAAUGACCUCUAUCUUCUUCGGUACGGUUCAGCCACGAGAGCAGAUCAACCAGCUGACGGCGUACAUCGAUGGAUCGCAGGUCUAUGGAUAUUCGGAAAGCUUUGCAAGGGAUCUGCGCAAUUUGACGACGGACGAAGGUUUGCUGAGAGAGGGACCGCAUUUCCCCAAUCAGAAAUCGCUGUUGCCGUUUGCGGCGCCUACCGAUGGAAUGGAUUGCAGGAGAAAUCUGGAGGAAAGUACGGUGAACUGCUUCACUUCCGGAGAUAUCAGAGUGAACGAGCAGUUGGGAUUGCUGUCGAUGCAUAUUGUGUGGUUCAGGGAGCACAAUCGAAUCGCUCAGGAGUUCAAGAGGAUCAAUCCACAGUGGGAUGGCGAUAAGAUCUAUUUCGAGAGCAGGAAAGUUGUGGGAGCAAUGAUGCAACAUAUCACUUACCAGCAAUGGCUGCCUGAGAUCAUUGGUGAACAGGGGAUGGCAUUGCUUGGUGAAUAUCAAGGGUAUGAUUCGUCGGUUAACCCUUCGAUUUCAAAUGAGUUUGCGACGGCUGCGCUGAGGUUUGGACAUUCGUUGAUCAAUCCGAUUCUACACAGAUUGAACGAGUCGUUCGAGCCAAUCGAACAAGGUAACAUUGCGUUGCAUAAGGCAUUCUUCGCUCCUUGGAGAAUCGUUUACGAGGGAGGUGUUGAUCCUUUGUUACGAGGACUGUUCACUGUUCCGGCCAAAUUGAAAAAGCCGAACCAAAAUCUGAACACGGAUUUGACAGAGAAACUGUUCGAAACGGCGCAUGCAGUGGCGUUGGAUUUGGCGGCGAUCAAUAUUCAGCGAUCGAGGGAUCACGCUCUACCGGGUUACAAUGAUUACAGGAAGUUCUGCAACUUGAAGGUGGCUGAGAGGUUUGACGACUUGAAACAGGAGAUCUCUAGUGAAGCUACGAGAAACAAGCUGCAAGAGCUCUAUGGUCAUCCGGACAAUAUCGAUCUGUGGGUCGGAGGAAUUCUGGAAGAUCAGCUGCCUGGAGCAAAGGUUGGACCUCUGUUCAUGUGUAUCUUGGUGGAGCAGUUCAGGAAGCUUCGUGACGGUGAUCGCUUCUGGUACGAGAAUGAUCAGUUCAAGCCGGAUCAGCUGGCACAGAUCAAGAAAACAACGCUAGGGCGUGUGCUGUGUGAUAACGGAGACAACAUAACUCGAGUUACGGAAAAUGUGUUCGUCUUGCCGGGUAAGCAGGGGGGUUAUAAGUUUUGUGAUGACAUCCCGCAGAUGGACUUUGAGCACUGGAUCGAUUGUAGUGACUGUUCGCGGCAUCACAAGCGUUACCACGCAUUGCCCAGACAGCGACGAUCGAUUCGGGCGAAACGAGAUAUUGAAAGCAAAUUGGCGAAACAGCCAGAACCGGAGAAUCAUUUAGAAGAAGACUCGUUCAUAGACGAUGACAUGAAUGAAGAACGGAUCGAAGGUUUGGAGGCGCUGAUUGAUACCUUCCAGAAAUCGAUGAAGCAGAUGCGAAGGAAGAUUCGUCGACUGGAGCAACAGUGUUCUGCUGCGGUAGCGGCCGGCAACGGAAGCUCCAACCCUGCAAAGGGUAAGCCGCACGGCCAUUGCGUGGAUAACAAAGGAAUCAAGCGGUUAAACAACGAAAUUUGGAUGCGGGAUGACUGCACCAAGUGCGAAUGCGAGCAUCAUCAGAUCAGCUGUGAGACGGAGAAGUGCGCCGAGCUGAUCUGCGAAAAUGGGUUGGUAUUGAUGAAGGAAGAUGGCAAGUGCUGUCCGACGUGUUCGGUGGACGACAGCGGAAUUGCGGUAACCGCGAAGGAUUCGCCAUGAACCAGAUAAGCCAGCUUAGCGUCAGGACGGUGAUAAUUACACAGACACAGGUAGCGUUUUAGGGUUUAGAUUUCCAGUUAGAUAUUAUUGACAGGUGUAGCGUUUCGCAGUAGAACUGAAGCUAUCGUUAUGAGCAAUAAUUAAUUUUCGGUGGAACUUUCUUUUCUAUCCAAUGUUGUGCCAAAUACUUAUUCUCAGUACAAGAAAAAAAAAGCGAACCGUUUGGUAAUCAUUAAGUUUGUUGAACGUUAACAUUAUUGGUCAAACCAUUUUAGAGCAAGAUUUCUCAGUCAACAGUAUAGAAUGCAAGAUGUCAAGAUGCGUUAAAAUUAUACUCAAGAGUCUUGAGUCAAGACAUCUCAUGUCACCCUUCUAGCGAAUUUGGUGUCUAACAAUCAGGGCCCACCAAUCAUUAAAUUUUGGAACGGUUCAAUUUAGGCAACAUGAAAAUUUUUGGCAUGUUGGCAAAAUCGAGCAGGCUCUGUAUACCCUUCCAGUUUUCGCGAGGUUUUUGCACUUAUGUUGUACAAAAUACAACAGCACGACUACUUAAGCUUCAAUAGUAUUGAUUUUAGGUGUGUGAGCUAAGCAUUGACCAGCUGACACACCCAAAACACUAACCAUGCACUCUUAUUCAGCUAGUAAUGUUACUUGUGCAUCUUGUCCCGCUUACCCUACUGUAAAAUGUCCAUAAUAUUGUAGAAAAAUGUGCUGAAUGUUUGUGACUUCCAUUAAAACUUAUUUUAAAACUUCGGCCUUUUGUGAUUCGGCCUUUUGUGGUAGACCCCCUAGUUUAACCAUAUGGGUGAACGUGGUUUACGGCUUAAGCAAAGGUGAAGAAAUUGGCUUUUAAUGGAUCAAAUGUAUCUUUUUUGUGGCACCGCUCCUAGCGAUCGUUGAAAGUUUCUUUUAACACAAAUAUGUUCGUAUUCAUAUGUUAGGAAAAGUCAGAAAAUUCCAGAUUUCUGUAUCGCUUUUUGCUACAAAAUUGUAGCUUCUGCUCAAGGAAUGUUAAGACAUAUUCGUACGUAGAAUAGUUUUCAAACGUUGUAUUUCUCUUCAUUUCAUAUCAAGCCUGAAGAUUGAGAAAUUUUGCUCUAAGCAAUCGGUUACCCUUCUAAUAAUUUGUGAUUUGUACUAAAGAUAGCGGAAAUAUCUCUCAACGAAGGAUUUAAAAAAAUAAAACCUAUCAUUACGAGCUCAAUGAAAACUCUCUUGUAUCAGAAAGAACGACUGACCGAACUAUUUUGAGUGAAAAUCUAAACGAACCAAACUAUUGCAUGAACAUUUUUGAAAAGUCCCAAACACAAUACACGUAAAGUUGUGAGUUUUGUAAAUAUCAAAAUAGCGAAAAUUUACUUCCAAUUACUGAACCAACAUCUAUAUUCGGAAAUUUUCAUCCCAGUUAAGAUAAUU